AGGAGGAAGAAGAAAAAGGGGGAGGAGGAGAAAAUAAAAAAUUGCAGUUAGGUGUUCGCUUUUCUUGCGUGGCUCUAUUCUUUGCUUCGCCGCCUAAACUUGUUUUUUUCUUGCUUUAUUUAACUUUGUUUUGCCUAAAAUGUUCAAGGCAAUCAAGGCUCGCUUCGCGCAUAGGCUCGCUUUUCACAACACUGGACUCUCGGAUGAGACUAAGUAGCUAUCGACCAUUGCGACGUGCCCUUGAUUGACAACUCAAUGUCGGUUCUUUGCCACUUGGGGCUAUAGUAUGUUCUAAGGAUUGAGUUGUUUGCUUAUAAAAGCAGUACGUGAACUGGGUUUAAAACAUUGUGAGACAGUUCGGUCUAUAUCCGGUGUGGGCAUUAGAGCUUUGAGAUGACCUUUCUCUAGUAGAGAGGAUUGGGAAGGACACACUUCUAAUGUGCCAGUUAUCAUGCCUAAGGUAAAUGUUUGGUAGCCAAGUGCAGAGCGGAUAACUGUUGAAAACAUCUAAAUAUUAAGUUCACCUAAAGAUGAGUGCUCCUAUUCCGAUGGACCUUGAGAUACUUUAAGGUCUACUUUACUUGGGGCAUUUACGAAUAAGCAAUGCCUAAUGGUGCCCAAGUCCUCCAAGAUGUUUUGGUUUUUGAAGCAAAAAUCAAAAUGACUACUAAAACAACAUUGGUUGGGAAGGGUCUUACACUUAUUUAUUUGAUUUUCAACUAAGAAUCCUAAGAUGCCCAGAAAGAUGCAAGUCAAAUGAUCAUAUUCCAAUGCAUAGGAAUCUCUAUUAUGGGGUAUUCCAAGUUUGAUCAAAUGACCAAACGAUCCCUGAACACGUGUAAUACCUGCUAAUGUUCAAUCAUUUUAUGGUAAUUACACUUGAGACCCCUAAAUUUUAAAUAAUCUUCAACAGACCUAUAUUCAGGGAACUAGACUGAGCAAGUCUUGGAUAUGAUAGUCAAGCUCUAAAAGAUUGAUGUCUAGUUGCAAUGCAAUCAGGUGAUUAGUUAUGUGAUAUAAAUAUGAUCAUGACUGAACCUCAACAAAAGGAAUCACAUGGUCGCCGAACCUCAACAAAAGGAAUUACAUGGCCACUCUAAGAAUGUGAUCGUCACUAAUCAUGGCCAGUAGAGGGUGUACUUAAAAGAAUCGUAAUCGUAUAAAAACAAAAGUACACUAAGAAAAGAAAAUCCUACCUCUACAAUCUACAACAUUUGACCAAAGAAGAGUUAUUCAAUACUCCCCUUUUAUAGCCUAAGGUCAGUGUGUACAUCCAUUGGUCUUUAGGAAACCUCACGGUAAGGCAAAGGAAUCUAGGGGAUAGAACUCCAUUGCUCUUGAUUGUCCCAUACUCUUUGAUUGAAGAACAAGGACUUCAUCAUCCAAGAAGUGAAAUAGGCAAGAGUGAAACCUAGGACCUAGGUCACUAGAAGGACUCGACAACUCAUCAAACUAGGUUGCCAUGCAACGUUCUCUAAGGAAAGUGUGUUUAUGCUUGAGCACUGUCCUAAGAUUUUUAUUAAAGAAAUAAACAUCUAACAAAGCAUAUUGACUCAGAGUUAUCGUGACUAUUCAAAUAACUAUUGCAAGGAAUGAUCUAAUCCUCUUAUCGCCGGUGCGGAUGAUAAUGAGAAAGAUGCAUUAUGUUGAUUACUUAUGUCCAACGGUUGAGUCAAAUAAGAGAGAAGGUAGGAAUGAAGGAGAAGAUAGGAAUCUCAUCUAGAAUCAUUAUUCUUUAGAAAGCAGAAUACGAAAUUAUGGAGACUCAUUAUUGGUAGUCUAUUUAAAUUUUUUUGGGCUGUUGGGAAAAAGAACCAAUGAACAAAUGAUAGAGAACUUUUGUUAUUGCUAUGAGUAGCAUUCUAUAUUUUUAUAUUUUUUUGGCCCAUUAAAAUGAAAUUAAAUCAUACCAGCGACAUAAGGAACAUAAGAUUAAAUCGAACAAAUAGAAAAUAAAAUUAAAGAGAAAGGUAGGUGUGGAUUAAUGGAGUUGUUUGACAUUGGGGAGUGUGUUGGUUGAGUUUUGUCAUUGGGGUCGAGCGAGAAAUUUUGUUUUUGGGAUAAACUUUGAACUAUUGGAUCAAAGUAGAUAAAAUGUCGAUCAAUCUUGAUCGUUAUUGUGUUUUUAUAAGUUGAGACUUCAACUUUCUGACUGUAAUAUUAAAUAUAUAUAUAAACUAAAUACAUAAUAUUUAAUGUGACCCAACGUAUCCAUAUCCUACUUUUGGUAAUAAUGGAGGACUAGUGUCUAUUGCCUUACAUUUGAUGAGAUUUACUUGAGUGGAGGAAAAAGGUUUAGUUCAAGGCUUCACAAGAUAUCAACCAAGGACUGUGUGUGUGUGGGUAUAUAGAUAUAUAUGUAAAUACCUUGGUGAUCAGUGUACCUAUAAUUGUGAGUCACAUUGCUUUUCUUGGCAGGGAGUUGGUUCAGGAUCAAAGUCUUUAGCCUUUUCUUGGUCGCUAAUACCUUUUUUUUUUCCUGUGGAAGGAGAAAAUGUUGAACUAGAUCUUCAAAGAGGACUUUCUGUUUUCUGCAGCUCAAAUCAUUGAAAUAUUCCCUAUAUGUAUACUCAUUCAACUCUAAUAGACAGAAAAAGGCUAUUCCACAUGCCAUAGCAAUGAUCAGAGCAGCAGACAAGAAGAGCCCUAGAGAAGCUGUUGAGUUUGUUUUACAACUUUUGAAGUAUAAUGAUAACAAUGGGAACCCCCACUCUGACGUGUUCUGGCUUGCCGCAUUAGUCCAGUCGAUUGGCGAACUUGAGUUUGGGCAACAGGUGGCUCAGAGAUCUGUUCAAACACUUUCGAGUAUUCUGUUUUUAUCUUCUCUUCUCAAGCGCAUCGACCGGCUUUUGCAAUUUGACAGGCUGAUGCCAAGCUAUAAUGGGAUUUUGGCAAUAAGCUGCAUCCGAACAUUGACUCAAAUUGCUUUAAAGCUUUCAGAAUUCAUUCCUCUUGAUCGUGUCAUUCAACUUAUCAAACCUUUUCAGAACACGAAGACAAUGUGGCAAAUAAGAAUUGAAGCAAGCAGGGCACUCCUUGAUCUUGAGUUCCAUUCCAAAGGAAUUGAUGCGGCAUUGAUGUUGUUCAUUAAAUACUUGGGGGAAGAGUCAUCAUUAAGAGGGCAGGUGAAGUUGGGUGUGCAUGCUAUGAGAUUGUGUCAGAUAGGAAGUAAAUUAGAUCCUGGAAGCGAUAUAAAUGGCGAAUGUCUUGUGGCUUUGCUUCGCCUGCUUGAGAGCCCUAUGGCGUUCAACAAUGUUAUUCUGCGGCAUUACUUGUUCUGCAUGUUGCAAGUUAUAGCUGGAAGGUACUCGUUCUUCCAAUUUUCCCAAUCAGUAUAUAGGUGA